AUCUCAACCCAGCUCCCAUAAAACUGACGGUUCUCGUUCCUCCAUGUUUGAUACUUCGGGACGCCAUUUUCACCAGGGAUCAUUGAAAAUUCAUAGAUUUUAGGCGAUCGACCAAGCCUCCAACAUGGAGGAGACGAAGAUCAUAUACCAUAUUGAUGAUGAAGAUACUCCAUAUCUGAUCAAACUUUCAAUUCCGGCAGAUAAAGUGACACUGGGAGACUUCAAAAAUGCCUUAAACCGACCCAAUUACAAAUUCUUUUUCAAAUCCAUGGAUGACGAUUUUGGGGUGGUCAAAGAAGAAAUCAUAGAUGAAAGUGCGCACCUUCCAUGUUUCAAUGGCAGAGUUGUCUCCUGGCUGGUAGCAGCAGAAAGUAGUGCCUCAGAUACACAGUCCCAGUGUGAUUCACAGCAGGGGGAUCCCACCCCACCCCCCAACCUUCCAGGAGAGAGAGUGGGAGGAAUUGGAGACAGUCGCCCGCCAUCUUUUCAUGCUAACGCCUCAUCAGUCCACAGCCAAGACAACGAGCCAUGUGACACAUGUACAGAGACAGACUCCGUUAUCAGCUCACGACGAGAUCGUCAAAAUCAGCAAGUGCGUUCUUCAUCCAGACAGUCUAUAACUCAUCCCAGAGACACUCGGCCAAACAAUGACAACUUACAUAUCACAAGAGUUACAAAUGGACACAAUAAGCACGAGCGUCAUCGAGGCGGAGGCCAUGGUUAUGAGACGUCGUCGUCAGUCAUCACAAGUGAUAUAGAAACCACUAGCUUUUUCGAUUCUGAAGACGAUGCUUCAAGCAGGUUCUCAUCAAUGACAGAUGCUACAAGUAGGUCAUCAAAAUAUGGUCGUCAUCGGCGGCGGAAACGGAAACAUCGUAUGCCCCCUAUCAGCAGAGCUUCCUCCUUUAGCAGCAUUACAGAUUCCACUAUGUCCCUAAAUAUCAUUACAGUCACUCUAAAUAUGGACACUGUGAACUUCCUAGGUAUCAGUAUAGUAGGCCAGAGCAACAAGAGUGGAGAUGGUGGGAUAUACGUAGGGUCCAUUAUGAAAGGAGGUGCGGUGGCCCAGGAUGGCCGCAUAGAACCAGGAGACAUGAUUCUGGAAGUGAAUGGCAUCAGCUUUGAGAACAUGAGCAAUGAUGAUGCCGUCAGGGUACUACGGGAAGCAGUGCAAAAACCAGGUCCAGUAACUCUAGUGGUUGCCAAAUGUUGGGACCCCAAUCCAAAAGGUUACUUCACAAUCCCACGCCAUGAGCCCGUGCGGCCAAUAGACCCAUCUGCGUGGGUCGCGCACACGACGGCCAUGGUGGGGAACUACGGAGGACCUGGCAGUACAAAUAUGAGCAGUAUGACCUCUGGGAGUUCCUCUAUAACAAGUUCUAUACCAGACUCCGAAUAUUUUGACCGUCUAACAGUGACGACAGACAUGGCGUCUGUGGUUCGUGCCAUGGCCCAGCCGGACUCGGGACUAGAAGUACGAGACAGGUCGUGGCUUAAGAUAACAAUACCAAACGCAUUUAUAGGCUCAGACUUAGUAGACUGGCUUCACCAGCAUAUAGAAGGUUUUGCUGACAGGAGGGACGCCAGGAAAUAUGCAUGUAAUUUAUUAAAAGCUGGCUUCAUCCGCCACACGGUGAACAAGAUCACCUUCUCUGAACAGUGCUAUUAUAUAUUUGGUGAUCUCUCAGGAAAUAUGUCACUUCUUAGUCUAGAUGACGUAGACUCUGUAUCAGAGGUGGAUAGAGACACUUUAGCUCCAUUACCUCCCCCAGCGUGGGGGGCAAAUGUUCCCUACGGCUUUAUGCCGCCACAAAAUACUGUUUUAUACCCCACGGCGCCACCUAUGAGUUAUACCAAUGAUAUGGGGAGCUUCGGGCCAGGAAGUUACGUCGGUGGCUCUCAAAGUUAUAUUGGCGGAGGUGGAAACGGUAGCGCAGGAAGUGUGAACAGUGGCUCAGGAAGCAGCGCUUCUGGUGGCAGUGACAGAAGAAAAGACAGUAAAGACAAAAAAUCAGCAAGUGGUUCAAAUAGCGGCAGUGAGACCGAGACUGGAAGUAUGGCCAGUGUGCGGAGGGGGGCCCCCAGCGAACGCUCCCUUCCCCCACCCCCAGCAGAGCUUAUGAACAUGCCACCAGAUGUCAGCAACAGUCGGCAGUCAUUCAGGAUGGCCAUGGGAAAUCCCUCCGCAUUCAUGAGCUUCAUAUGAGUAAAUUAUAAAGACAGGCAAGCCCUAUCCUAGUCCAGCCCCAAAGAGAGCAAAGGCAGAAUAGAACAGUGCAAUUGCCAGGUCAGAGGACCCAUAGAGCAAGGAUUAAAAGAGGAAUUGAGAACACUUUGAGACCACAAUGAGUCUGGCAGAAAGGCUCUUGGCGCAUUGAUUAAGCCAAAAGGAAACCUCAUAGACUGAAGGCAGAUAAAGAUUGAAAGCACAACAGCUGUUGAUAGUUUCUCCUUGUUGAGAGUUUGCAUGUUUGCCUUUCAACCACCUGAUUUUGAUAUUUCCCCCUUUUAAAUCACAUUAACACACCUGUAGCCUUAUCUCCCCUGGUUUGAAUCAGAACACUAACCUGUAUUGCUGUGUUAGAUCAGAUUGGCAAUGAAAUAGUUCUACCUUAACAAUGUCUGCAGUUUUAUCAUGCCCUUUUAAGCCCACUCUUGGAUUUGCUCUUCAAUUAUCUUGACCAACCUCACUUUUUUACCCACUUGCUUGCCACUUCAAGACACCCAGAAAAAAGCCAACCAGUGUGAAAAUAUGAUUGGGAUCUAACUUCUUAAUGAGUAGUCAGUUGCCUGGGACUUCUGUUUUCUGAUAAAUGGAUUUUUAACUAUUUUGUUGGGUGGAUAAUGCAGACUUUGGCACAUAGGGAUUUGGGAUGGGGGAGAGAUUUGUUUGCUAGAUGUGUCACUGUCCUACAUUCUGUCCAGUGCCACUUGGUAGGGCAGACACUUUUAUUUACACUCAGUGAACUGAGUCCUUGGCAAACCCAGUUGAGCAGUCAAGUAAGAUGUAAAGUGAUUUUAAUAUUUUAAGUUAAUUGUUCACAACAACAAUCAGCAGAUUAAUUGAAUCAUCAAUUCAAUUUAAAACAAUUCUUCGUGAACUUAAUGACUCGUGGUUUGCAACUGGGUCAGUUCAUGGUGUGUGAACACAGCUCUAGCAUUCCUCCUUUAUACCUCAGCAUUUUAACUUGUCUGGAAUGAAGAUAGAGAUCACAGUAAUGUCAGACUUUCCUUAAUUGUAGCACUGCCACCUGAGUGAACUAACUGAUGUGAUAGUUUACUGCCAUUAGUCUUUCCUGUGUAGUUGCAAGCAUGUGUUGCUCAGAGACAGUUUUUUUACAAGUCACAAUAUGAAAUUUAAAUAGAAAAUGCAUCUAUUUGCUAUGGAAAAAAGCUUCGAAUUCAAAUAAAAAAUCUUGUUUAAUGAUAGUUUGGCUAUUUUUUUUUUUUUUUUUUUUUGUUAAAUCCUUGUAUGGCUUUGUUCAACUUUUAAGAUCAUGUAGGUCUGUGGAUUUUCAUAUUACAGCAUGAGGUAAAUUGAAGAUCUUAAGAAAGCGCAUAACAUAUUGUGAUAAACAAUAACAAUGCUUUUAAAACAAAACAAAAAUGGCAAAGAAAAUUUGCAUGUCCCAAAUAAAAAAGAUUGAUGGUGUUGAUCUGGUGAUAAGUUUAGGUGGACAAAAACCUUGGUAGCCUGUAAGUGUGAUAAAAUUGAGUGGUGCUAGAUUUUAUAGUGAGGUAAGCUAAGAUAAUGCACAAAGAACCAGUUAAUUAUUUUUCUGUAUUCAGAAUUAUGGGAAUUU